AUGAUGGCACAAAACAUACAUCAUACUACCACCUCUAACAAAAAAACGGAUCUACUGUGGUUAGGGCAGUAUAAUAAUCACACAAAAUUACAAUUCACUGUGAUCACUCACCAUCACACUUUCUUUGUAGGAGUAAUAAUGGCAGUUCCAGGUGGGUCAAGUUUCUCAUCUCCUUUUUCGCUGGUAGCACUUGAUUUAUUAUCAUUUUAUGACCAUGUUAUGUGA